CCCCUCCCCUCUAACCUACGCCGCUCCUCUUAACCUCCACCCCUCCCCUCCCUUUUUCUCCCCCCAUAUUAAAAUCUAGGUCUUCCCCCUUUUCUCUCCCUCCCCCAAAUUCUCCAAGGGAGUCCUUUGGGUUUUUGGGUUUAGGGUUUUCUCCGGAGAGAGAUGUGGGAUGCUUCAUGCAUUGAUGAAUCUUCUCUCGCUGUGUUGGAAGCCAUUCGGGCGCGGCGACGGUGAGGGAGGAGUCCAGUCUGUCGGAAUCGUUGGCGCCAAUUACGGCGGCGGAGGAGGAGGAAGAGAUGGCAAAGAUAGCUUGCUUUGGUUUAGGGAUGUUGGAAAGUACGCGUGGGGUGAUUUCUCCAUGGCUGUUGUUCAGGCCAAUCAAGUCCUCGAGGACCAGGGCCAGAUCGAGUCAGGUCCCUUUGGCACCUUCGUCGGGGUCUACGACGGCCACGGUGGGCCGGAGACGGCUCACUACGUCUGUGAUAAUCUAUUUAGACAUUUUCAAGAAGUAUCAGCGGAGACGGAGGGUGUUGUGACAGGAGAUACUAUACAAAAUGCGUUUCGUCGGACAGAGGAAGGAUUUACGGAACUUGUUUCUGAGUUAUGGGGUACCAGGCCCAAUUUGGCGACUGUUGGGACGUGCUGUUUAGUUGGAGUGAUAUGUCAGGGGACACUGUUUGUGGCGAGUCUUGGAGAUUCCCGUCUUGUUUUGGGGAAGAAAGUGGGGAAUACUGGGGAAGUUGCGGCUAUUCAGUUGUCCACGGAACACAAUGCGAAUCUUGAGGAGAUUAGGUACGAGCUGAAAGAGCAGCACUCUCAUGAUCCCCAAAUUGUCGUUUUGAAGCAUGGAGUUUGGAGAGUAAAAGGCAUCAUCCAGGUUUCUAGAUCUAUCGGUGAUGUAUAUAUGAAACAUGCACAGUUUAACAGGGAGCCAAUAGCUGCCAAGUUCCGGCUUCCUGAACCAAUGAACAUGCCUAUCAUGUCUGCCACUCCCACUAUUCUUUCUCACGCUCUGCAUCCAAAUGAUUCUUUUCUUAUCUUUGCAUCUGAUGGUCUAUGGGAACACUUGAGUAAUGAAGAAGCUGUUGAGAUUGUCCACAAGCAUCCUCAUGCAGGAAGUGCAAAAAUACUUGUUAAGACAGCCCUUAAAGAAGCUGCUAGAAAACGAGAAAUGCGUUACUCAGAUCUUCGGAAAAUAGACAAGAAGGUGCGGCGGCAUUUUCAUGAUGAUAUAACUGUUAUUGUUUUAUUCUUGAACCAUGACCUAAUCUCCAGAGGCACAGCGCAAGAGCCUCCAAUCUCAAUAAGAAGUGGUGUUGAUCACUAAUAAUUAUAUGUAACCAGUCAUGUCUCCGCCACCCUUGGUCAAUCCCUGCGAUAAAGAAUUCGUAAGAUGCAUAAUUUGAGAGCUCUGACAAGCCACCUGGAUCCUGUGACAUAGUUCAUGAGUGAAGAGGCUUGGAAGCUUUUUUGGUUAGCAGAGGCUUUAGUUUUAAGUCCCUAGAAAAUUGCUUUACAGAUAUUCAUGUAAUAUGCUGCCAUAAAUUGUCAAAUGCAUGAUUUUUACCUC